AUGACUACUGCAGGCAAAGUCCCCAGUAUGUAUGCAUUAGUUGUCGUCGGAAAUGGUCAGGGCAUUGCUGGAUAUGGCGAGGGCAAAGAUGAUGAGGCUGCCAGGGCUGUCAGGAAAGCUACCAAUAGGGCCAUGAGAAACUUGGUGGCCUUUGAUCGCUAUGAUGAUAGAACCAUCUAUCAUGAUAUCGAUCACAAAUUCCACGCCACUAAGAUCCAGUUCCGAUCGCGUCCACCAGGUUUUGGUAACCGCUGCAACCAUUAUAUUCACGAAAUUUGUUCAUGUAUUGGGAUCCUGGAUAUUAGCGCCAAAGUCUGGGGCUCCCGUAAUCCUAUGAACGUCAUUAAGGCGACUUUUGAGGCUCUUAGUCAGAAGCAGAAGUUACCCGAAGAUAUUGCCCGCGCGCGUGGCAAGCGUGUUGUUGAUGUGCAGCACACCUAUUAUGGUGCUAGCGAGUAA